AUGGAAGUCAGAAUGGAAAUUGAUGAGUUGAAAUCAGGAAUGAUUAAGCUUAGUGAGAUGAUGCAAGUUCAGAAGCCACCUUCUACUUGGCCAGAGUUUUGGUUACCUGAGAACUUCUCUCCAACAUAUGUCAAUGCUUCUCUGGUGGGUCAAACUUCGAGGAAGGUAUUUCAACCUCCAGUCUUUUCUGAACCUCCACCUGUUGUUAAUACUACUGCUCAAGCUGUUCCAGCUCGUUAUGACAAUCCUCUCUAUGAUUACUAUUCUGUUGGUUCUCGAAGUGUUAGUCAAGGAGAUUGUGGUGAAGUUGAAGAAGUCCGUGAGCAAUAUCAGGAAUUGGAAAAGAGAAUAAGAGCUAUGGAGGGAAGCAAUUUCUUUAGUGUGAAUGUUGAUAAUAUGGGCCUUGUUUCAAAUCUUGUCAUGCCUUCCAAGUUCAAAGUUCCUGAGUUUGAGAAGUAUAAGGGGCAUACUUGUCCAAGGAGCCAUUUGACCAUGUAUUACCGGAAGAUGACUGCUUAUACCAACAACCAGAAUUUACUCAUUCAUUGCUUUCAAGAUAGUUUAAGUGGUGCUUCGUUGAAGUGGUACAUGAGUUUGGAAAAGGGUUGUGUUCAAAAUUUCCAAGAUUUAGCUAAUGCAUUCAUGAAACAGUACAAGUAUAACCUGGAUAUGGCACUUGACCGUCAUCAACUUCAAAACAUGGCUCAGAAGGAGAAGGAAUCUUUCAAAGAAUAUGCUCAACGUUGGAGAGAAUUGACUUCCCAAGUUGAACCACCUUUGUCUGAGAAGGAAUUGACUAGCUUGUUCAUGGAUACUAUAUCUCCUUUCUUUUGGGAGAAGAUGAUUGGAAGCGUGUCUUCAAACUUUACUGAUUUGAAACCUUUUGGGGGCUUCCAAAAGAAGAAAGAAGGUGAAACCAGUGCUAUUGAAAGACCUCGACAGAGAGCUCAACAUUAUGAUCAACCGCAGGUAGCUGCUAUCCAAGUUCCUCAUCAAAACACCGGUCAGAAUCAGAAUCAUACUGCAAGGCCUAGAACAGAGUUUGAUCCUAUUCCAAUGACUUAUACUGAAUUUUAUCCUCACUUGGUCCAACUAGGCUUGAUUACCACAAGGUCUUUUACUCCUCGAGAUCCUCCUCCUGCUGUAUUCAGGGAUGAUCUUCACUGUGAGUUCCAUCAGGGAGCUGCUGGUCAUGAUUUAGAGCAUUGUUACACAUUUAAGGCUAGAGUGCAAGAUUUGGUUAGGGGAAAAUUGAUAGAUUUCACAGCUCGUACUCCAAAUGUUGUCAACAAUCCUUUUCAGUUCCUAACAAGUGAAGCUUCAAUCAAAGUCAGAUUAUCUCCUAAAGCCAAGUGUUUCAGACAGGACAACUCAUCCUUGUUGUUGAUUGGUCACUAG